GGAGGCAGGAAGCCCGCCCCUGGGCGCGGCCUGCAGGGGGCAGGCUGUCGCUCGGGAACGCGGGGGCAGUACGAGGCCCGAGUAGGUGCGCCCGGCAGCCGCCCGCAAGGUGCAGGGACCCCGCGUCUCACCUCCGCCCCGUGCGCUCUCGCCGGCUCGCGAACCCCGCGCCGCGCUCCGCCGCUGACAUGUGUGCCGCCCCGAUGCCGUCCCUGGCGCACAUCUUCCGAGGGACAUUCAUCCACUCCACCUGGACUAGCCCCAUGGAGGUGCUGCGGGAUCACCUCCUCGGAGUGAGCGACAGCGGCAAAAUAGUGUUUCUAGAAGAGGCAUCCCAACAAGAAAAGCUGGCCAAAGAAUGGUGCUUCAAGCCGUGUGAAGUAAGAGAACUAAGCAACCAUGAGUUCUUCAUGCCCGGGCUGGUUGAUACACACAUCCAUGCCCCUCAGUAUUCUUUUGCUGGGAGUAAUGUGGACCUGCCGCUUUUGGACUGGCUGACCAUGUACACAUUUCCUACAGAACUCAAAUUCCAGAACAUCGACUUCGCGGAAGAAGUAUAUACCAGAGUUGUUAGGAGAACACUGAAGAAUGGAACAACCACAGCUUGUUACUUUGGAACAAUUCACACUGACUCAUCUCUGCUCCUUGCAGAAAUUACAGAUAAAUUUGGGCAGCGGGCGCUUGUGGGCAAGGUCUGCAUGGAUAUGAACGCUACUGUUCCCGAGUACAAGGAAACCACCGAGGAGUCAAUCAAGGAGACAGAGAGAUUUGUGUCACGGAUGCUCCAAAAGAAUUAUUCUAGAGUGAAGCCCAUAGUGACACCACGUUUUUCCCUUUCCUGCUCCGACACUUUGUUGAGUAAACUGGGAAACAUGGCGAAGACUCAUAAUUUGCAUAUUCAGAGCCAUAUAAGUGAAACUGUAGGUGAAGUUGACGCUGUGAAGAACUUAUUUCAAGAUUAUAAAAACUACACAGAUGUGUACGAUAGGAACAAUCUUCUGACAAACAAGACAGUGAUGGCACAUGGCUGCUACCUUUCAGCAGAAGAGCUGCAGGUGUUCAAGGAGCGGGGAGCAGCCAUCGCCCAUUGCCCCAAUUCCAACUUAUCGCUCAGCAGCGGCUUUCUCAAUGUGCUCGAAGUCUUGAAACAUGAAGUGAAAAUAGGGCUGGGUACAGAUGUGGCUGGUGGUUAUUCGGCCUCCAUGCUGGAUGCGAUCAGAAGAGCAGUGAUGGUUUCCAAUAUCCUUUUAAUUAAUAAGAUCAACGAGAAAAGCCUUACCCUCAAAGAGGUCUUCAGACUAGCUACUCUUGGAGGCAGCCAAGCCCUGGGGCUGGAUAAAGAGAUUGGAAACUUUGAAGUGGGGAAGGAAUUCGAUGCCCUCCUGAUCAACCCCAAAGCAUCUGACUCUCCCAUUGACUUAUUUUCCGGGGAUCUGGCUGGUGAUACAUCUGAAGCUGUAAUCCAGAAGUUCCUCUACCUAGGAGAUGACCGAAAUAUUGAGGAGGUUUAUGUGGGCGGAAAACAGGUGGUCCCCUUUUCAAGCUCAGUGUAAGACCCUCGGCCUCUACGAAUUCUCCUGGGAUCACGUGGUUCUGCAUCUCCCUGGUGCCCAGGCCGAGUUAGAAAGUCCAAAAAUAGUAUCUUGUUCUUGGGAUGACUCUCUCUUUCUGUGUCUAGUUACAGUACUCACUUGACGAAUCGUUUGAAGGGGGUCGUGCUAAUUCCCAGCCCUCCGGUUGGGAGGAUUCAGAAUCUCUCCCUUUUGAGCUGUUUGGAUUUACUUUAAGCUCAAAUAUAAGGGAAUGUUAUUCCUGGUGGGGUUCUUAUUGUGAGAUUUAAGUCAAAUCGAUUUCGUAUUUGGAAAUGUGGAGAGAAAAGGUAUUCCUGUAAGGCUAGAUAUGUUGAGCUAAUAAAUGUGAAAAAUCAGAAAAUGGAAAAUGAACUAGUAAAUAUAUUUUUAUGAGGGAGAAAAAGUUAGACUAUGAACAUGCAUUGGAAAAUCACUUCAGAUUAUGAUUAAAAAUUAUGUACUGAGCAUAUUAAUUUCAGAGGAGAACUUGUUGAAUUUUAAAAUGUGUUUCUAGAUUGAUCUUGUGUUCUGGAAAUUUGCACUUAAUGGAAUUUGCAUUUCAGAGACGUGUUAUUGUUGUGCUUUGCCUUCUUUGGGGAUGAAAUGUCAGAAAUUGAAUGCCACACGCUUUCUUCAUAUAGUUCUGUGCUGCAGAGUGCUUGACAGAGGUUGGGUGUUAAAGAUUUAAAGACUCUUAGGAAUAUUAUUCAUAUAACUACAGGGUACAAAUAGUGGUAUUUUUGUGUACUUUAAAAUCACCUUAAUGUAUAAAUGUGUGAUGCUAUUAUUGCUUCAGUGUUAUUAGGAAAGAAACAAACUCCAUACUCCACUGUUGUGUAGACUGGAGUCUUCAUAAACUGGGUCACGUGCUGGGCAGUAAGGAGCUACCAAUACUAAAAGGAAGGGUUUCACGGCAAUGAUGGGGUCUCCCCAAGAGGUAUGCCAUGGUUGCUGAAUAUUUCACCCUUAGAUCUCAAUCUGGUAGAAUUUAAAAUGAAAGACAAACUCAGUUAAAUACAUUAUUAAAAAUCUUUAAACCCUGCUUACUGAAAGCACUGGAUUUUUCCAUUUUAUCCUGUUGCCUUUUUAAUUCCUAAUAAUUUUGGGGACAUUCGAAUUUUAGGAUAAUGAAAGUACAUGCCCCACUUAAGGUUUAUAGUAAUAAGACUCACCUGCACUAGACAUCUAGGAACAUUACACAAAACAAAGAGUAUUUUUAUGCUUCCCAGUACAGUGUACUUUCCAUAACCUAUAAUUAAAAGCAAAUUUUUUAAUAAACUCUGAAGAAGUAUUGAUGUGAACAUCAUUUAAAUACUACAGUUUUCUCAUUUAAUUUCAAAUACUAUGAACCAACAUGGAAAAGGAAUAGAUUUUCUUACUGUAUCUUCACACUCACACCUAGGACUUAAGUGUAACUCCUUAUAAUUUACCUUAGAGUAGAGAAUAUAAUAUAAUAUAGCUAUAUUAUAUUAGGUUCUUACAGACCUAAGAACAAAACUCCCCCUCUUGUACUAUAAAUUUGAUCCUCAAUUCGUUGUACUAAAUCAGCAGUCUGUUUUUCCCGGUGGAAACACUUUUAGAUUUGAUUGUGUACACACAACAUCUAAUGACGGAACACAAUUUUGGUCUUAUUUUCAUUUUUUAAAGAAUUUCUCUUAUUUGAAUACAGCUGACACACAACUUGGUCUUAUUUAAAACACACAAGCAGUUUGUGUUGUGGGAUAUUAAGUGACUCCAUAAAUUCAGCUUCCAGUGGCCAAAGGAACAUGGUUCCCCGGUGUCUAACCCACAGGAGUGGACUGAAGAAUUUAGAUCAGAUGUGUAAGAUCCUCUCAUGGGCAGCAGCUACAUUACCAGCCUUUGCAAGGUCCUACACUUGUACCUUCCUUAAGGAAGUACGUGUCCAUGUCCAGCAUCAGUUUUCACUUCGAUGAAGGAUUCUGUAUAUAAACAGGUGUGACCUCAGCAGCAAGAAGAGUGGCCAUCUACAACCAGUCUGUCAAACAUUCCAUUUAGCCCCGGGAGUAUCUUAAGACCUGACUAUCUUUUCUGGUAAAAAUAGGAUGUGUUGAAAUGUUUAUGUGUAGUUCGCUCUCCCUGCAUCUCUUAGAACUUCUGUGUUUUCGUGGCUCUCAGCGCAGUGGUCCUGAAUGUGGCGUAGGCUUUGUGCAAUAUGGCAGUCUUUGGCCGUACAUGUGGUCAGAGGCUCUACACCUUGAAAUGUUAGCUUGGCCUCAUGUGGCUUGACUUUCUGAAUUGUGGAGAAGCGGUUUUUCAAGCCAACCCUAUUUGUCACUUUAUGGUCGAAUGUUUUGCUCUCUGACAGGAAAGAAAGAAUGAAGGCUCCUUAGCAGCCCCCUCCCCUCGCUCUGUACUGGUGGCCUCGGGUUUCAUGGCGUUUGUUAAUGGAAUACACUUUAACAGGUAAAAACUGAGUUAAUAGUGCUGACAGGCCUGCGUUUGAAAGAUAUUUUCUACAAGAGAACAGAAAAGGGGGCUGAUCGGGUAAGGUGAAUUGAAUUUCCAAAA